AUUUUGAAACGUGAAAAAGGGAAAAAUAAAUAAAUUAAAGCGGAAAGGGAAAGAAAAGUAAGCCAUCUCCUUCCCAGUUCCAAAACGUGAACGAAGCUCUCUCUCUUUCUCUCUCUCUGCAAAACUACAUUUCUCUCCCUCGAAAGAGAGGCAAAACACACACACACACACACAAAGAAAAACAGAAACCCUAGUCUUUCAUCUGUUGAACUCCUGUUCCUUGUAGCCGAAGCAAGGAAUCGGUGCCGAUUUGAAUCUGUGAAAUGUGCUUUUUGGAGAACGAUUGAGAGAGGAAAGGAAACUCAACGGGCGAAGGGUUUUUUUUUUUUUAAAUCAUUUUCUCUUUUUCUGUUGCGAGUUCAGGUUUUUCUCCAUUUUUAUUGAUUGAUGAAGAAAUACCGUCGAUGGCAGAGGAUUCUGAUCCUCUCGUUACUCUCUUUCUCUGUAUUCGCUCCAAUCUUGUUGGUCUCUGAGAGACUCAAAACCCUUACUUCCAUCGGCCGGAAGGAGUUUAUUGAGGAAUUGGCCAGUAUUAAGUAUAGGACUGAUGAUUUAAGACUUAAUGCGAUUGAACAGGAAGCUGCUGAAGAAUUAAAAGGGCCAAAAUUAAUUGUUUUCAAAGAGAAGGAUUUUAGUUCUGUAGUUAGUCACAGUUAUAAUGAGAAUGGUGAUUCUGAUCAAUCUGGGGAUGCUCGAGAUGCUUCUAAAUUGUUAGAAGCAAAUGUUACAGAAACUAAUGAUAAAGGAAAAGAAAAAGACAGCCUUCAAAUUCAGCAGAAUAAAAUACAAAUGAACUACAGAGAAAAGGAGCAAUCCAAUCAAGAAACAGUUAGACAUGAUCAACCUCUGCAGUCUCAAACACGCAGAGAAACAGAUGAGAAGGUAAAGCAGAUGAGAGAUCAGCUCAUUAGAGCAAAAGCGUACUUAAGUUUUUCACCACCAGGUAGAAACUCUCACUUGGUGAAAGAGUUGAGAAUGCGAAUCAAAGAGGUGGAACGAGCAGUUGGUGAAGCCAGCAAAGAUUCAGAUUUGUCAAGGAGUGCUUCACAGAAACUGAGAUCUAUGGGGGUUUCUUUGGCCAAAGCAAGUCAUGUAUUCCCUGACUGCUCUGCAAUGGCCACAAAACUUCGUGCCAUGGCUUAUAAUGCUGAAGAACAGGUUCGGGCGCAGAAGAAUCAAGAGUCAUAUCUUGUUCAACUUGCAGGAAGGACUACCCCUAAAGGCCUUCACUGCCUGUCCAUGAGGCUGACAGCUGAAUAUUUUUACCUUCAAUCCGAGGAAAGACAGUUCCCUAACCAACAAAAAUUGCAUGAUCCAGACCUUUAUCACUAUGUAGUUUUCUCUGAUAAUAUUCUGGCUUGUGCAGUGGUUGUGAAGUCCACCAUUGCGUCUGCUAAGGAGCCAGAGAAAAUUGUUUUUCAUGUGGUGACCGAUUCUCUCAACCUCCCAGCAAUUUCUAUGUGGUUUUUAUUAAAUCCUACUGGAAAAGCUACAAUGCACAUUCAGAGCGUAGACAAUUUUGAUUGGUUCCCCACCAAGUAUAAUUCAAUAUUGAAGGAACAAAAGUCCAAUGAUCCAAGAUAUACUUCUGCCCUUAACCAUCUUCGCUUCUAUCUGCCAGACAUCUUCCCAGCACUGAAUAAGAUUGUGCUCUUUGAUCAUGAUGUGGUAGUGCAAAGAGAUUUAUCUGGACUUUGGAGUGUUGACAUGAAGGGGAAAGUAAAUGCAGCAGUGGAGACUUGUCAGGGUAGUGAAUCUUCAUUUCGUCCGAUGCAUAUGCUUAUGAACUUUUCAGACCCAUAUUUGGCAAAGAGGUUUAAUGCCAAUGUUUGCACAUGGGCAUUUGGUAUGAAUAUGUUUGAUCUCCGAAAAUGGAGAAGACUAAAUUUAACCACGCUCUACCGUAAUUACUUGCAACUGGGACUUAAGAGGCCAUUGUGGAAGGCUGGGAGCUUGCCCUUAGGUUGGAUUACUUUCUACAACCAGACUGUAGCUUUAGAAAAGAGAUGGCAUGUACUUGGGCUAGGUUAUGACUCAGGUCUUGGUCUGGGUGAUGUUGAGCAUGCAGCAGUUAUACACUAUGAUGGAGUUAUGAAACCCUGGUUGGAAAUCGGAAUUGCUAAAUACAAAGGCUAUUGGAGCAAACAUGUGCAGUAUGAUCAUCCUUACUUACAACGGUGCAAUAUUCACGAGUAAUUGAAGAUCACAGCAUCCAAGUGGAAUUCUUUGAUUCAUACCGCAUUACUAGUUACUUCUCCCAGAAACUGCUACGAUUGAUCUGAUUCUUUAACAAUCUUUCAUGUAAAUUUCAACUCAUUUUUUCCCAUAAUGUUCCGGCCAUAAUCUUUUAGGGGUUGAGUCAAUUUAUGGCAAUAACCAAAGGUAAUAAGUUUCUGUGGGGAUUCUGUAUUGCAGGUAUACGCUUGUACAUAACUGAUAGCACAAUUGCUCUGAAUUCAAGCAUAUAUUCUUGAAAUGAAAGAGGAACCAUAUAAACUU